AUGUCCCAGUUACUGGCAUUGCAAAGCCAGGACGUCAUGGCGGCACCUUUCCACGUACUCAGCUCCAUCAGCUUGAGAUUUGUCAGCGCCUGGACAACAAUUACAAAGGUAUCACCCAAUGCCUUCAAGGUUCGGAGACUUGAGCAGACUUUCCUAUCACCUGAAAGGACAAUGACCAGAUCGCAUGUUCUUCAGUUUCGUUCAACCGCGACUUUACCUUCUAAUUACUACAUGACUAUCAUCUCUACUGUGCUUCUCUACCGUCAUAAAUCUCACAGCCAGUUUAUGGUUCUGGUCUAG